CUCCGCUCUCCCCUCGCUGGCCGGCCAUGGUCAGCCGCGGGGCUCGGCAGCGCCUGAAGGGCAGCGGAGGCAGCGGCGGGGACCCGGCCUCGGCGGCGGACAAGCUGCGGGAGCUGCUGAGCAGCCGGGAGGCGGGCGGCGCGGAGCCCCGGGGCGAGUUAUCAGGGAACAAGGCAGGACAAGUCUGGGCGCCUGAAGGAUCUACUGCUUUCAAAUGUCUGCUCUCCGCAAGAUUAUGUGCUGCUCUCCUAAGCAACAUCUCUGACUGUGAUGAAACGUUCAACUACUGGGAGCCAACGCACUACCUCAUCUAUGGGAAGGGGUUUCAGACUUGGGAAUAUUCCCCAACUUAUGCCAUUCGCUCCUAUGCUUACCUGUUGCUUCAUGCCUGGCCAGCUGCAUUUCAUGCAAGAAUUCUACAGACCAAUAAGAUUCUCGUCUUUUACUUUUUACGAUGCCUCCUGGCUUUUGUGAGCUGUAUCUGUGAACUUUAUUUUUACAAGGCUGUGUGCAAGAAAUUUGGGCUGCAUGUGAGUCGAAUGAUGCUAGCCUUCUUGGUUCUCAGCACUGGCAUGUUUUGUUCAUCAUCAGCAUUUCUUCCCAGUAGCUUUUGUAUGUACACGACUCUGAUAGCCAUGACUGGCUGGUAUAUGGACAAGACUUCCAUUGCUGUGCUUGGAGUAGCAGCCGGGGCCAUCCUAGGCUGGCCAUUCAGUGUGGCACUUGGUUUACCUAUUGCCUUUGACUUGCUGGUCAUGAAACACAGGUGGAAGAGUUUCUUCUACUGGUCUGUGAUGGCCCUAAUACUCUUUCUGGUGCCCGUGGUGGUCAUUGAUAGCUACUACUAUGGGAGGUUGGUGAUAGCACCGCUCAACAUUGUCUUGUAUAAUGUCUUUACUCCUCAUGGACCUGAUCUGUAUGGUACAGAGCCCUGGUAUUUCUAUUUAAUUAAUGGAUUUUUGAAUUUCAAUGUUGCCUUUGCUUUGGCUCUCUUGGUCUUACCUCUGACUUCUCUUAUGGAACACCUACUGCAGAGAUUUCAUGUCCAGAAUUUAGGCCACCCAUAUUGGCUUACUUUGGCCCCAAUGUAUAUUUGGUUUGUGAUUUUCUUCAUCCAGCCUCACAAAGAGGAGAGAUUUCUUUUCCCUGUCUAUCCACUUAUAUGUCUCUGUGGUGCUGUGGCCCUUUCUGCACUUCAGAAAUGUUACCACUUCGUGUUUCAACAAUACCGCCUGGAGCAUUAUACUGUGACAUCUAAUUGGCUGGCAUUGGGAACAGUUUGCCUUUUUGGACUCCUAUCCUUUUCUCGAUCUGUGGCACUAUUCAGAGGAUAUCAUGGACCCCUUGAUUUGUAUCCAGAAUUUUACCGAAUCGCUACAGAUCCAGCCAUCCACACUGUCCCAGAAGGCAGACCUGUGAAUGUCUGUGUAGGCAAAGAGUGGUAUCGAUUUCCCAGCAGCUUCCUUCUGCCAGAUAAUUGGCAGCUUCAAUUCAUUCCUUCAGAGUUCAGGGGCCAGCUACCAAAACCUUUUGCGGAGGGACCACUGGCUACCCGGAUGGUUCCUACUGACAUGAAUGACCAGAAUGUAGAAGAGCCAUCCAGAUAUAUUGACAUCAGCAAAUGCCAUUACUUAGUGGAUUUGGACACCAUAAGAGAAACACCCCAAGAGCCAAGAUAUUCAUCCAAUAAAGAAGAAUGGAUCAACUUGGCCUACAGACCAUUCCUUGAUGCUUCGAGAUCUUCAAAGCUGCUGCGGGCAUUCUACGUGCCCUUCCUGUCAGAUCAAUAUACAGUGUACGCAAACUACACCAUCCUCAAACCUCGGAAAGCAAAGCAACUCAGGAAGAAAAGUGGAGAGCAGAGAAGAGCAGAACCAACUUACAGGAAGAAUUGAAACUCCUUCUGGACGGCUGUGUUAAGCUGUUCUCCACACUAUGGCCUGUCAUCCGAGAAUUAGCAAGUCUCUCUUGGGCCAUGUGGUCUUCUCCACCAAAGCUCUUCGACAGCUCCUAGCAGACCUUCUUGUUGAAAUCCUAGUGCUGAAAAUGAACACACCCUAAUUGCCAACCUACAUGUUCUUUUCACCUCCAACAAGACUAAGCUACACUAAAGUAAAGUACUUCACAAGACUAGGACCCUGUCCUGGAGCUAUCUCAGGAAAAAGGCAACCAUUUGAGGAAUUGUGACUGAAUCCAUGAUAUAGGAUGUCUCAUUUUCAUUUUAUUUAUUGUAUUGUACAACAAAAUGUAACUCUAUGGGGUUGGUUUUUUUUUUUAAGCUUUAGCAUGCUAUUUCUUGAGUUCAAGACUUCUCUAUGUAAAGGUAAUAACAAACCAUACUAUACCUGUAAAGGACACAUUUGGAGAAAAUUCAUUCUAUCAAUUGAUAGGUUUGGAUAAUAUCAGAUUUUUAAGCAAUGAAUUCAGAGGCCAUUUCUGAGGAAAUUAAAAAUCCCCCCCCCCAGUUUUUUAAACAACCCAAUAUAUAUUUAUAGCACCUAUUUUUGAGUUCUGUAUUCAAAGCAUAUCCUGCAUGAAGUGCUUCUGAUCAAAUAAGUCGUGAUAAGGACCAAUUAAAAUGUAGAAAGUACAUACUAUUUCUCCACCUUUACAUACAGUAUUUCAUAGUUUACAAGACACUUUGUCAUGAUCUCAUCUGAUCCUCACAGUCACAAUGUGAAGUAGACAAGGGAGGUGGGCUUCCCCCCAUUUUACAAAUGAGGACACUGAGACUAAGGAGAGAGGUGAAGAGAUUUGUCCCAGCUCACACAGCCAGUGGGUAUCAGCAGUGGGUCUGGACCCAGGUUGCUGCUCUCCCCUCUAGCAUUCUCUCUUUCUUCCUCACUCGACUCUGAAAACAGUACCUGAAAGAGUGAUGAGGUUGGCCUGACACCUGGCUGGUAAUGUA